GCUCUUAUUCUCCUCUCAUCCGCUCCAGCAGACGGCAGCAGACAAACACGCUGAAUGACAGAAGAAGAACUCUGAAGAUCAUGUGAGAGAAACAUGGCGUCCUGCAGCAGGUUGCCCUUGCAUCCUUUACUCUCCAGUGCGUCAGUACGUCUCGCCUGUAACAGAAAUGUCCAGGUUGAAGCUUCCACAGUACAGAGUUUAUAUCCACCCAUUCUGCCCUCCCGCACCGCGAAGAGUAAGUCGGCGAAGCGGCGCGUGGUCACGGAGCUCUUCGAGCAGCUGCGCUCCUGCACGGCGCAGGAGAAGAUCCACGCGCUCACUCGCGUUCAGCGCAAGAAGUACGUGAUUUACCCACACACAUUUGCUCUCAACGCGGACAGAUGGUAUCAGCACUAUACCAAAACGGCGUUUCUCGGUGGUCUGCCCGAGAGGUACGACGCGGAGUCUGCGCCGGUGGUGGAUGAGUCUGUGCUGUCUGAGGUGCGAGCUGUAGUCUGCAACUCCAUCCUACAAGAGCACUGGCACGCGAAGAAAGGGAGGACCUUCAUCUAUAAAGAGCAAGAGCAACUCGUCUCUCCGUUUUUAAGGAACGCGGUGUGUGGUCUGAAAAACCUUCUGGCCAAAGAAAACCCUGUGCUGAGUCUGUCUAGUUUAGAUUUUGACCCUCAAGUCAACUAUUACUGGUCGGGAGAAAGGACUAUUCCAGAGGGCCACAGGAGAGGACGGACCGAGCCCAUGAGAUUCCAGAUUGAUGACAAACCUCACAGUCAGAUCAGGAUCCCACAGCAGCUUCCUGAGUUUGUUCCUCUUGAGGCAGAAAUCUCUGCUGAAGUUCCCGUUGUCACUUUGGCUCCCGACAUGCUCCCCUUGUUCAGGAGACAGUAUGACAACAACGUCUUCAUAGGUGCUAAACUGGAAGAUCCAUGCUGCUAUGGUCACACACAGUUUCACGUGGUCCCUGACAGGUUCCACAGGGACAGAAUGAGCAAGAGAGGCUCCUCUGAUCAGGCGGAGGUGUCAUUGAGAGCUAACAGUAUUGCCAGCUUGUUUGCAUGGACAGGGGCGCAGGCUAUGUAUCAAGGCUUUUGGAGUGAAGAGGAUGUGAGCAGGCCGUUUGUGUCUCAGGCUGUCAUCACAGACGGGCAGUUCUUCUCAUUUUUCUGCUAUCAGCUCAAUACUCUGGCUUUGAGUCCAAGGGCUGACAGCAACAAUAGCAGGAAGAACUUAUGCUGGGGCACAGAAAGCAUGCAGCUAUAUGAGAGAAUCACAGAUGGAGACAUAGUGGGCUUGAACGAUGCUGUUCUUAAACUGUUGCUGCAGUUUUUAUUGAACAACCCACAGUUUUGAAAAUUCUGGAAAUAUGAUGAUUGUUCUAUGUGUCAAUAAACAUAAUAUAUAGA